CUUUCAAAGCUGCAUCGCAGGCAUGAUGGGCUGAAUGGCCUCCUCCUGUGAUAAUAUUAAUGAAGACAUUUCUUGUGAAUCUCAUCACCUUGGAUUCCACUUGUAUGUUUGAGGGUUUUGCCCCUUUACUGACACUAAUAUCUGAUUUCUCCCAUCCUAUUUUUUUGUUUCUCCCGAGCUGACGGCACUUGAAUAGGAGGAACUGGUUAAACCGCCCCUCACUUCCCCAGGAAGGAGCAGCAUUUCCCUGGGAGGAAGCCACACACUGAGCUCAGGAUCUGGGGAACUCACUCAGGACAACCCUGCUCAGUCCCCUGCCUAGUGGCCACUCGCUCUGGGAUAAGGGGCGCAGAACCCAAACAACAACAGGACUGCACAGCAACUCCCCCUCGGACCUGCCAUGGGACCUCUGAUCAUUCUGGUCAGUUUAUAUCCUCUGACCUGGGCCUCUUACAUUCAGCAGCUCAAUCCCAAUGGAAACAAUGUGUGUUCAUCAACAAGGGGGCCUCCCUCAUGGAGCUGCUGCCCGGGCUGGAGACAGCAAGGGAACGAGUGCACCAUCGCAAUCUGUGAGGCACCAAAUUCCUGCAGUCCGGAAGAGAUUUGUGUCAGACCUGGAGUGUGUCGCUGUCCCCAUGGAUUCUUUGGAGCUAACUGUGUGACCAGAUGUCCGGACCAGUUCUGGGGUCCGGAUUGUCGGAACGUGUGCUCCUGUCAUCCCAAUGGGAAGUGUGACGCAGUGUCAGGGAUUUGCAGCUGCUACCGGGAUCGCUGGGGACCGAGCUGUGCCAAGAGGUGCCGAUGUAAACAUGGGCACUGUGACCCAGACACUGGGCACUGCCUGUGCGAGCUUGGCUGGUGGGGAAGUGACUGCAGCAAGAUGUGCCAGUGCCACUUGGGGCACUCGCUCUGCGAUCCGAUCACUGGGAAGUGUAACUGCUCCUCUGGAUACUGGGGCAAGCAAUGCAACAUUUAUUGCUUCUGUAACCAAUCUUCCUGUGCCCAGCUCACGGGAGUGUGUGAGUGUCGAGAGGGUUGGUGGGGUACCCUGUGUGAGCGCAGGUGUGUCUGCGUGCAUGGGAGAUGUAACUCCAGUGACGGGCAGUGUCUGUGCCACACUGGGUACCAGGGACGGACCUGCAGUGAGCCCUGCACCGCUGGGUUCUACGGAGAUAAGUGCAGAAAAAGGUGCGGUCAGUGUAAGGAAUCCCAGCCCUGCUCCCCAUUCGAUGGUUCCUGUCAGCCCUGCCAGCCUGGUUGGAAUGGAAGUCGCUGCGAUCAGCCCUGCUCCCCAGGACUCUACGGAGAAAACUGUGCCGAGAAAUGCCCGAGGUGCCGGGACGGAGAAUUCUGCCACUUUGUGACUGGGGUUUGCCGCGCCUGUAAUCCUGGUUGGAUCGGGCCCAGGUGUAAUUCUCCCUGUACAUCUGGGACCUUUGGGCAAAGCUGUCAGUCACCCUGUCCAGAGUGUAACUACGGAAAAUGCCAUCACAUCACAGGGGAGUGCAUCUGUCAUGUGGGUUACACUGGAGCCAGCUGUAAUCUCACCUGUGCGAAUGGAUCUUACGGAGUGAAUUGCUCAUCGCCGUGUCGCUGCCUCGGAGCUCCCUGCGACCCUGUGACCGGCGGCUGCCAUUUCAGUAAAGCAGGAGUUGUGACAGCCAUUGUCAUGAUGACUCUCCUCAUCCUGCUCUGCAUCUUCUGCUGCUGUUGCUGUGGAAACGACAAGAAUGAUCCCAGGAACAGGAUGCUGGAUGAGGAAGAUGGUCCAUUAACACGGAUGAAACAUCACGUACAGGGAGUUCUGGCCAAUCUCGGCUCCGCCCUCCCCUGCAUUUCAUUUGGAAACCAAAAGCUCCCAAAGGUCACAGUUUCCCAUCACGAUGCCGAUGUCAGUUUUAACUGCAGUUUUAUCGACUCUCCCUCUGCAGGCUGGGAUUCAGCAUCAUUCUCCUCCUUCGAGACAGAUGAGGGGGAGCCCGUGUACUGUGUACCCACUCAGGAAGGAAAUGGCUUGCUGCCUCCUGUGGGUGGAUGCCAGGAAUUGAAUUCCAGGUGUAACUAUUUGCCAGCGGAUCAGGCGGAUUUGAACAGUGAAGAUGGGCUGCAGCCCUUGUCCAUUCCCAGAACGUCCAGCAUCGUGAAGGCUAAGAGACCCUCUGUCUCAUUUGCAGAAGGGACAAAGUUUGGUCCUGAGCUCAGAAGGGGAUCCAUGCCAGAGAGCAGGAUUGUCCCCACUGCCAACGCGCAGCGUAAGAGGAAUCUCUCAUGGACACUCAGUAAACUAUCGCCCAUCGAGUCAGAGCCUGCAGCUGGUGACAGUCCCAAUGCUGUCUGCCAGCCCUAUGAGUGCACUAACCUCCCUGGUAUUUACCCAGAGGCCGAGGGUCCCCAUUGCCACAGCAGACCCUGUGGAGAGCGCAGGGGCACCUCAUCCACAGCCAAGAAAGACAGCCAGGCAUUGGAGAGCAGGGACAUGACAGGGACACCUGGUGAGCCCAAAGUCACGGCCAGUGAUCAGAAAGUGGCAACAGCCUACGUAAUGCCAAGAGAAGCAAAGCGGUGCUCUAAGAUUUGGGGGAGCUCAGGGGACGGAGUUGGGACAGUUCAGGCAAUGUUGAAAAGAUUUGGGAACUUUCAGAGACAGCGAUCAAUUCCCAAAGAGGAGCUAAGACCCAGGGUCCGCGGAGAGAAUAUCAACAAAAUCCACCGGAAACUGGCUGCCCUGGAUAAAAACCUCAAACCCCAGGCAUCAAGUAACGUGGCGGCUUCUGCAUAUGAGAAUUUGCCCCCUAGGGUUCCUGCCAUGCCAGCUCAUGGCACUCAACAAGGCCAAGCAGAAGGCAAUGCCACCCUGACAAAGAAACCACUUCUCCCAACCACCCCCAUCCUUCAGAAGUUGGUGGCCAACAUGGCGGAGGACACAGAGAGAAGACUGGGCACGAUGUCCUCUCCCAGCCAAAGGGACAAUCCUUGUGAACAGGACUGUGAGAACGGGCACGAGCACAGUGAGGACAUCCCCACCCAGCACACAAAGCAGGAAAUCCAGUGAGAAGCUAGCUGAAGCUGCGAAAGGUUUACACUAGCUCAGAGACUGGGGACAAUAGGGGAUUAAUACUAGGGACAGAAUGGGUUUGAGUGUGACAUGGCUAAGGCAUAUAAGCUUUCACUCUGCAGAGUGGGAUUGUUCUCAGGUCUUCAGGAUAAGAAUCUUGAAACAUUGAAGGAGAAUGGAGGGAUUGGGAGAAUGAAGGGAUUGGGAGAGGGAUUUGGGGAAGAGAAGUCAAUGGAAAUAAAAUUUAAGAGGGAGGUAAAUGAACUGCUGAUUGGCUGACUCCCAUUUUACCUUAACUUCCCCAUUGGCUGUGCUGCAGUGAAGCAGUGUUCAAUAGGAGUGUCCAAUAGGCAUGUUUGAGAAUGAAUGGGUGAACUAGCAGUGUGGGUAAGGGUUAUUUAACUAUCAGCACCCACAUAUACAGGCACUUCCCCACUCUUGGCCUGAUUAACACUGGCUGGGGUGAGAGCUAUCCAGGGGAACUCUCUCUAACCCCAAUGGGAACGGUACCUCUGAAGGAAUAUCCUGGGGCAAAGACUCGUCUGAGGUUCUGCUCUGUUUCAGUGCAGGUGCUGGCCAGUUUAUGAUCUACAGAAUCCAGAGAUAACACAGAGGAGAGGAAUUUCACACAAAAGUGUUUAUUAUUUGCCUCGAUCUCCAUUCCAUGUUUAUCUCAUUGCUGUUUUAUGACAAUACUGGGGCUUUACCCCUCCUGCUGAAAUGAACACUGCUCUCAGUGAGAUGAGGUGGGUGAGGAUUACUUGCCAUGACUCACAGCAUCAACAGGUACUCUCUGCCCCGCUCAAUGCUCCCUCUCCGCACAUACCCCUAGGUCUGACUUCAUGGCCACCAAUCCAUCUCUCCAACCCCAAC